GGCAGCAUGACAGUUGCUUCUGUUCCCGGCCUCGGCUCCAGCUCCACUUCCUGCCUGCCAUAACUUUACUGUACACAGUCCCGCAGGACCCCGUUCACACCAGCGGCUCCUCUCACCUGAUGAACACAACGCCGUCCCCAAUUUGGCCAUGCCGCAGCAGGAGCAGCAAGAAUUCACGGAGAGCCUGGAGGCGGCCCUCUCUUGGAUGCGGGCUGUCCAGGAGAGGCUAAAGGCCAAUGACAACACCCAAGGGCCCCGUGAUGCCCUGGAAGCCCGACUCAGGGAAACGGAGAAAAUCCAUCAUUCAGAGCACGAAGGUCGUGUGAAGAUGGACAUGGCACUGGUAGCAGCAGAGAGCCUUUUGCAGAGCGAUGAUGAGGAGCUAAGGAACCACACCCACGCUAAACUGAAAGACCUGAAAGCCCUGUGGGAGGAGACAAGCACCUAUAUCAUCCACUGUCACAGUCGGAUCGAGUGGGUAUGGCUCCACUGGAGUGAGUACCUGAAGGCCUAUGAGGAGUUUGAACAGUGGCUGACGCGGCAGCAGCGCAGCCUGGAUGUAGGGAUGGAGCUUCAGCUGGGGGUGAAGGAGAAGCUGUGGCAGGUGGAUCAGCAGAGGGUUGUGGUGAGCGACGUUCACGGCCAAGCGGCACUGCUGGAGAGGCUGCUGGAUGAGGCUGCUGCACUGCACAACAGGACCCAGGACCCUAGUGUGGAUCCCCAGGCCCAGGAGGGAAUGCAGGAGGACUACAUCGAUGUGAGGGACAGGGCUGAGGAGCGGCUGUCGCUGCUUCAGAAGAUCGCUGAGGAACACCAGACGUACCAAGGCUGCGUUCAGAGGUUCCAGUCCUGGCUGCUGUCAAAAACCAAGGAACUAACUGAUCUGAUGGAGAGGGAAGAUACCGCUGAAAACAAGCUGAAAGCCUUGCAAGCUUUGGAUGAUAGUGUAGCCAGUGAGGAGAAAACCCUGCUGCACAUAGAGUCCAUGGCAGAGGCUGUGAGGGCCAACACGUCUCCUGCAGGGGCAGAGAUGGUGGUGGAGGAGGCAGAGGAGCUGAGGCUGGGCUGGCAGAGGCUGAGACAGGGCCUCUGUGAAGCAGAGGACGGCCUACGCUCCAGUCUAGACUCCCACAGUCAGUAUAUGGCCAGAUGUCAGCGGCUAGGAGAGGACAUCGGGCGUCUUCGACUGCUGCUCCAGGGGCUGGACCAGGAACUGGAGGAGGGCCGCGAGGCUGGUGACCGCAGUGACCACACCGAGGAGCAGAUGGUGGGCCAGUGGAGGACGUACAUGGGUGUGAAGAACACUCUGGUUGGGGAGGAGUCCCAGGUGGAGCACCUCAAGGCUCAGCUCAAGGAGCUCUUCAGAUACUCAGGGGACUCGCGCUACCUUUCUGAUGAUGUGCUGGCUGUUGUGAAAGAGCAUCAGAGUGUGAAAUGCAGAGCAACGCGUCUGUGUUCAGAGUCAGAGUCGGGGCUGAGGAACAUCCUCCAGGACCCUCUGCUGGUCUACGCCCAAUGGAGCCACAUGGUGUCUCAGGUUCUGGAGGCUUCUGCAGAGGUCACUGAUUUCUCCAACAUCGCCAUGCUGGUCCAGAAUAUCGAGCGACUGUUGAGGGACAGUGUCCAGCUGCAGGAGCGUUUCAGUCUUCUACAGGUCAAGGGAGACCUGCUGGACUCUGUGUUUGGCCCUGAACAUUCUGAUGGCCUACAGGGCGAGCUGAGCGCUGCCAUCAGGAACAGGGAGCUGUUGCAUGCUCAGCUGCUGCAGAGGAAAAGCAGACUGCAGGGCUUAAUCUCAAGAACCAAGGACUUUGGUGAUGCCUAUGAGUUGAUUCGCUCCAAGCUGGCCAGUCUCCGAGACCGACUGGUAGCAGCUGACACCCUCCAGCCUGAUAUAUUGGCCAAGAAAAGCCAGUCAGACCAGUUCAGAGUGAUCCAGAAGGACCUAGAAGACUGUGAUGCUCACAUCACAGUCUUGGAGACUCUAGUGUCCUCCAGUCCCAGCAACAGGACUCAGUUUGAGAGACUCUGUGCUGACUGGAAACAUCUUCACACAGCAGUAAGGAUGAAGGUACAUGAGAGUGAGGAGAGCAUCGCCGAUCAUGAAAGCUUCCAUGACAGUUUUCUGAAUCUAGAGAAAUGGCUGAUGAUCAUGAAGCAGAAGCUGGAGUCUUUCCGCAGCUCAACAGGAGAGUGGAGCAUAGAGGGACGACAGCAUGAAGCAGAGAGAGCGCUUGGAGAGUUCCCCGAGAAGGAGCUUCAGCUGCAGCAGAUGGAAGCACAGGGUCAGGGGGUUUUGGAGAGGACCUCAGAAGAGGGAAGAGUCCACAUCAUACGAGACAUGGAGCACCAACGCAAAUCCUGGUUGUCCCUGUACAAUUUGAGUCUUAACCUUCACAGACUGCUGAAUAGCUCCACAGAACAGACAGAGGCUGAUAUGUGGAGGGUUACAGGCUCAUCUGCAGACAGCACGACCCUAACUGCAGAGAACAUUGUAGGGGAGGAGGAUAGCCAGGUCAGAACAGGAAGCUCCAGAAGUCAAAGAGGCCAACAAAGAUCCCAGUCAGGUGACGUGUACGGAGCCUUGGCCUUCUCUGGGCUUGGAGGAGAGGGAAGUCUGGAGGGCCAUGUGGGACACAUGGGUACUGUUGGCCAGAGUGGGUGGAUUGAAGGCCAUUCCGAGGGUCAUUUUGUUCCGUCUGGAGAAUAUAAUGAGCAUCUCCGAUUGUCAAGAACUGGGAAGGAUGGUGGUCCUUCGUUUGGAGGAGAUGAAAUAGACUCCUCUGCUUGGGGCCUUCACAGCAGAAAAGGCCAGAGAGCUUCCAAAGACUCCACCACAGAUGGAGGUCCUGAGAGUGAAAAGUCAGGAGUGGGUGAACGCAGCAUCUCAGCAGGAGAUAAAGGACGAUCAGUCAUAAUCACAAAGGUCAAUUAUGGGGAAGGGAGCAGUUUGAGCUCUGGAAAUAGCAGCAUGGAGGCAGGAGAGGGCUUGAGCCAAGGAGGAGGAGCUUUCAUACAGUUCAGGAGGAGUUCUGCCCAGCAGCAGUCGGUGGCAUCGACUCAACAUUCAGCGGGUGGGACAGAACAGUAUGAAUCCAGGUGGAGGGAGUUUGAGGCUUGGCUGUGUCGGGAGAAUGAAGUCCUCUCAGGGAUCCUCGGUACCAAGGGAGCAGAACUCAGUGCCAAAGAACAAAAGAUCCGACAGGACACACUCAAGGCUCUGAGAGCAGGCGUGGCCUGGGGCCAGGAGCAGUUCCAGCAUUUACUCCAGGAGAGUCAGGAAGGAGGGACAGGUUCGGGACAAGCAGAAGAUGCGAGCCUAGAAGACCUGCGUUACCGCUGGGUGCUCUACAAGUCUAAGCUGAAGGAUGCGGGAGAUUUCCGAGCUAGGACCAGUGCCAAGAAAGUCCAGGCCAAACAGGAGGAGCCAGCCAGCGCUGCCAAGGUGCAAAAGAGGCCUGGGCUGCUGCUGCGGGUCUGUCGGCUGGCUCUGCCCCUUUGGCUCCUCCUACUGGCGUUGUUGCUGCUGGCGUUCCUAUUGCCCCUCAUGGAUGAAGGUAACAGCUGCUCGCUCUCCAACAACUUUGCCCGAUCUUUUAACAUCAUGCUGCGUUAUGACGGACCGCCACCCACAUAAGGAUAACUUCACCCAGUCAACAACAAGAUACCGAUCUCACUCCUGACGACUCCCAUUGGAAAAUGUCAACUAUUUAAGAUCCCGCAUUUCCUGUUAAUCAUGUGACUGUAACAGUACACAAACAGGACCGAGCAGCCUUCAGAUCAGUCUGAAGGCCAUGCAGCGUCAUGCAGACAUUAGUUAUAAUAUCUGGUUUGAAAACUUAUCGCUUCUAUAACAGUGUUGACAUGCUUUUUUUUUUUCCUUUCUUUAAUGUCCUCUGUGCUAUAAUGGGUUACCACUUAUGAAUGAAAUCCAAAUCAGACUUUACCAAAUAGGGUAGCACGCACAAACGUCAUUGUUCAUUCUGUGCUACACUGUCAAAUGUUUCUGACAAUCAUGAUCAGUUCUCUGUAUAACAUAAUUCACCACCAUGGAACCACAAUUAUGAAUUGGGAUGAAAAUUCCAGGCUAACAAAUUAACAGAGUACUGAAGUACACUAUAUUGCCAAAAGUAUCGGGACAUCUCUCCAAAUCAUUGAGUAAAAGUUUUUUGGUCCCUUCCAUGGCCACAGGUUUAUACAAUCAAGCAUCUGUGCAUGCAGACUGCUUCUAUAAAUAUUAAUGAAAGAUGGUCAACUCUCAGGAGCUCAGAGAAGUCAAGCUUGGUAAUGUUGAUAGAAUGUCCCCUGUGCAAUAAGUUCAUUCAUGAAAUGUCUUCACUACCAACUGAUAGUAGUUUUAUUACAAAGUGGAAGCAAUUUGGAACAACAGUAACUCAACCAUGAAGUGGUAGCCACGUCAAAUCAGGCCCCACAGUGUACAGAAGUCAUCACCUUUCUGCAGAGUCGGUAGCUACAGACCUCCAAACUUCCUGUGGCCUUCAGAUUAGCUCAAUAUCAGUGGAUAGUGUUUCAUUUAAUGGGUUUUAAUGGCUGAGCAGCUGUAUCCAAGCCUUACAUCAAUGCAAUGAAAAACUUUGCAUCCAAGAGCAUAAAGCAUCUGCCACUGGACUCUAGAGCUGUAGAGACUGUUCUCUAGAGUGAUGAAUCAUACCUCUCUGUCUGGAAAUCUGAUGGACACGUCUGGGUUUGACAGUUAUCAGGAGAACAGUACUUUCCAGACUGAAAUGUGCCAUGUGUAAAUUUUGGUGGAGGGGGGUUUACGGUGUGGGGUAGUUUUUCAGGGGUAGGGCUUGGCUCCGUAGUUCCAGUGAAAGGAACUUCAAGACAUUUUGGACAAGACUCCCAACCUUGUGGGAACAGUUUGGGGACGACCCCUUCUUGUUCCAACAUGACUGUAGACCAGUGAACAAAGCAACGUCCACAAAGACAUGGAUCAGUGAGUUCAGUGGAGGAACUGGACUGGCCUUCACAGAGUCCUGAACCUGAUAGAACACCUGUGGGAUGAAUUAGAGCAGUGUUUCUCAACCCUUUUUGAACCACGGCCCACUAACAGCAUCUUGAGCCUUCUUUCACCACCACCCCCCAUCCCCGAAGAAGUUUAGAUACGUUAUUCUAAAAGUAACGCGACAAACCUGUAUGUGGAGGAUGUGAUGGGUUACAUAGCUCUGUAGAUUUCCCACCUGCCACCCCGGAAAAUAAAUUUGCACUAUUAUAGUCUGGGCGGACUCCAUAUUAAACCCAUAUUAAAGAAUGGGAUGUCAUUAAAGUUCGUGUGUGUUAAGACAGACGUCCCAAUACUUUUGGUGACAUAGUGUAUGACAGCAGGUUUAACACUCCAAAAACAAAAUAGGAUUUGGUUUCAAAUAUGAUAAUCAGCUUCAAACUGACAAUGAGCACAUUUUCUGUUAAAAACACAUUUCUUUCUAUUAUCACCCACAGACUCCAAAUGUCACAGUCAGCAGCCACUUCACCUAAUGGUAUUUAUAUGAUAACAGUUUUCUUGUUAUGACCAGUCCUUUCUUGUUUUUACACAAUAAUCGGGAAAAGUACGAUUCAUCUGAUGCCUGUAGAGAGACUGUGCAUAUGAGCUAGAACUGUCUUGACUUGUUUAGAUGUUCUUUUUUUUUACCACGCUUGGGAUGAGAUGCAGCCAAAUUGUCACCCAUCCAUCCUCCCUCCUUAUCCUGUGCAGGGUGGCAGGGCAGAUGGAGGCUGUCCCAGCUCCCACUGUUUAACCGAUGGUGUGCACCUGCCCCCAUAAUGCAUCACAUCACAGCAGCUCUUUUCUUUUUCUUACCGUUGAAAAAGCACACGGAUGCUAACAAAUGGAUUGUGUCAUAAUUAUGAUGUCAUCUCAGUGACAUAAAUCCAUUUAAUCUGUAACAUAGUAUAACUGUGUUGUGUAAGAGCAUGAAAGGUUUUGUGAUGGAGCAAGAAAACAGUGAUUGAAAUGUAACAGUAAUUUAAAUUUUUUAUUUACGUGUAGCAAUGAUUCAUUCUAACAUGAGCAUAUGAAUAUAAUUACUACCAAUUAAAAUAGGACCUGGAGCUUAAUGUAACUUGGCAGUAACACUUAACACACUUUAUUUGUACAAGUUGUUGUCAGUAGGAUUACAUUUGAUGGUAGAAACUGUGCAGAAGCUGCGUACAAAUAUUCAAAACUGGAUCAGUCCAUACAUUUGACUGGAAGUGGAGUUCCUGUGGAGCUGCUGUGUUUAUGUCGAGUAUGGGACGUAGAAACAGCAAAGGAUAUUCAAGUGUCUGUGGUUUUGUUCACACUGCAGGUAGAAGUGUUCCAAAUGUUUCUGCUCAUGUGUGAACAGCAAAAACCACAUGGACUCUGGUGAAAUCCACAUCCAUCUGUAGUCCUGAAGGCCCAUUCAUGCUCUACAUUAAAGAUGCAUACGUAUAUGGACAGAGUGUUCUGUUGGUCCUCAUUACGUCCAUAUUUCCAUCCAUCCUCUCAGAGUUUGCGAAUGCAAACCCAAAUUGAGAAUAUGGAGCAGUACCACCAGGAACCAUAGGAGGCAGUGUUGAGCUUUGAAGAGAAUAAUUUCCAAAAAUGGUGGAACUUUCCAUAGAGUGUGUUAGUUGGUGAAAAACUACCGACAUAUUUACAACAACUGCCCCUCUCAAUAUCAAUAUCAGUAAUGCCUCCUCUGUUGAUGCCUUGUUUGUUAUUAUGAACUUUCUUCUUCU